AUGUCGCAAACAGAAGUUGAGUUACAACUGCAAAGACUUGAAGCAUCUAAUAUUUCCACUUCAUCCGCAGGACACGAUCACAAUAUGCAAGUUGACGCGGGUGCAGAUCACGAAGAAGAGGAGGAAAUGAACGGGCCAUUACUUAUAGAACAACUUGAAGGUAAUGGUAUUACUACAUCAGACAUUAAGAAGUUGAAAGCUGAAGGGUACCAUACUAUUGAAUCGAUUGCUUACACUCCCAAGAGACAAUUAAUUACCGUUAAGGGUAUUAGUGAAGCUAAGGCAGAAAAGAUUUCCAAUGAAGCUGCCAAAUUAGUUCCCUUGGGGUUCACUACAGCAUCUGAAUUCCAUUCAAGAAGAUCUGAGUUGAUUUGUUUAACCACUGGAUCCAAGCAGUUGGAUACGUUGCUUGGAGGUGGUGUUGAAACUGGAUCUAUAACUGAAGUGUUUGGUGAAUUUAGAACUGGUAAAUCUCAAUUAUGUCAUACUUUGGCAGUCACAUGUCAAUUGCCAAUAGACAUGGGCGGUGGUGAAGGUAAGUGUCUUUACAUUGAUACUGAGGGUACUUUUAGACCCAAUAGAUUGGUGUCCAUUGCUGAAAGAUAUGGACUUAGUCCUAAUGAUUGUUUGGAUAAUGUUGCUUACGCAAGAGCUUAUAACGCCGAACAUCAAUUAAAUUUAUUACAUUUAGCAGCACAAAUGAUGGCAGAGCUGAGAUUUUCAUUGUUGAUUGUUGAUUCAAUCAUGUCAUUAUAUCGUACUGACUAUGCUGGUAGAGGUGAAUUAAGUGCACGUCAAACAUCAGUGGCCAAAUUCAUGAGAACAUUGCAAAGGUUAGCUGAUGAAUUUGGUAUUGCUGUGGUAAUUACUAAUCAAGUUGUUGCUCAAGUUGAUGGUAUGUCAGGGAUGUAUAACCCCGAUCCUAAGAAACCUAUUGGUGGAAAUAUCAUUGCUCAUGCUUCAACUACUCGAUUGUCAUUAAAGAAAGGUAGAGGGGAACAAAGAAUUUGUAAGAUUUAUGAUUCACCUUGUUUACCGGAAAGUGAUUGUGUAUUUGCUAUUUAUGAAGAUGGAAUUGGUGAUCCAAAAGUCGAAGAUGAUGAGUAA